AUGAAGUACUCGCGCGCCGACGUCACCGCCUCCUUUGGCGCGGCGUACAUCCUGCCGCGGCGAUCUUGCGACGUGCGCAUCAACGCGUCGGAGGCACUGCGCGAUGUGCUGAACAACAUGGGGCUUGGCGACACCGUGACGUACCUCGCGCUGGCGAGCACGUCGAACCUGGCGGCGGCGCUGAGCUACCUGGGCUUCCGCGACCCCGAGCGACGGCAGCGCCUCCGGCAGGUGGCGACGGUGCACAUCUUCGAGAAGGGCUACAGCCUCGCCGUCGAUGACGCGGCGACGGCACAAAUACUGGGCGAGGCGGGGCUGCGCUGCGUCGUGUACCUGCCGCGCUUCUACGAUCCGGCGGUCACCUUCUCCUUCAGCACGUGGGGCCAGUUCAGCGCCGUGGCGCAGGGGGCUGGCGCGUCGAAGGCCGUCGCGUGGCUCUUCAGCGCGUGGUCGGCGAAGAAGGUGCUCGUUGAGGCGCACGACGAUGAUCCGCUCACUGCGUUCUUCAGGGAGCGCGGCCCGGCGAGCAGCCUCGUGACGCUCUGCGCGCUCGACGCGACGGUGCAGGCAAGCUGCAUCAAGUACCGCACCGCCGUGGCGCAGAUGUCGUUCCAAUUCGAUCUGCCUGCCAGCACCGGAGAUGGCAGAGUUUCAUAUAGCAUCUCCGGCAACAACGUGACAUGGCCCUCCUCCCUGCUAGUGAAAGUGGGCGACAGCAGAAACGCCACACAGUUUCUCGUGGCGCAGCCCGCCGACAGCUUGCCGCCCGCCACCACAGCCCCGCUCGUGGGUGUCUUUUGGUCGGUGUGGUUGGACCUCCUACGGCUGUAG